GUGUGUAGGCGGUGGGGGCCGGAGCGCAGGGCGUAGGUGAAGGACUUCCCUGCUCUCCUUUGGAACCCUUCACUUUUGCAGUGCGCGCCAGCGGAGAGGGCGGGGGGCAAGAUCCUACUGUGGGGUUGGAAAGGCAACAUGCUUAGGGUGUGUGCAGAGAGCUGUGUUAUGUAAGGCUUUCCCAUGCAGGGAGGGGAUGUGCAGUGUGCGGGAGCCUGGGCCUCCUCUGGCUGGAGCCCCUUUCAGUGCCGAGGCAGAUUUGGGGGACGCAGAACCUUGGUGGCGUUGGGUUGACAUCAGGGCUAGCUGUACAUGGCGAUGAGCACUGAAGACUCUUGGGGUGACCCGGGGAUAUCCUACAAGUCAAAUGGAGUGGAGCCUUGACAACGUAGUGUCCCUGGUUGUGUGACCAAGAUUCGCAAAGAAAGAGAGAGAGAGACCGAUACAGAAAGAGAAGAAGGAGGGGCGGGCUCCUGGCAAGGCGUUUGCUCCUGAGCAGAGUCCUGCAAAGAUGGAGAAGGAGGAAGAGACAACCCGGGAGCUGCUGCUGCCCAACUGGCAGGGCAGUGGUUCCCACGGGCUGACCAUUGCCCAGAGGGAUGAUGGAGUCUUUGUUCAGGAGGUGAUGCAGAACUCCCCUGCGGCCCGCACUGGGGUGGUCAAGGAGGGGGACCAGAUUGUGGGUGCCACCAUCUACUUUGACAACCUGCAGUCUGGUGAGGUGACCCAGUUGCUGAAUACCAUGGGGCAUCACACUGUUGGCUUGAAGUUGCACCGUAAAGGGGACCGUUCCCCUGAGCCUGGACAGACCUGGACCCAUGAAGUCUUCAGUUCCCGUAGCUCUGAAGUGGUUCUGAGCGGGGAUGAUGAGGACUACCAGCGCAUCUACACCACGAAGAUCAAGCCACGCCUGAGGUCGGAGGAUGGAGUAGAAGGGGACCUUGGGGAGACCCAGAGCCGCACCAUCACAGUGACUAGAAGGGUUACAGCCUACACUGUGGAUGUGACCGGUCGGGAAGGAGUGAAGGACAUUGACAUCACCAGCCCUGAGUUCAUGAUCAAGAUACCAAGGCAUGAAGUGACUGAAAUCUCCAACACAGAUGUGGAAACCCAGCCAGGGAAAACGGUGAUCCGACUGCCAUCGGGAUCCGGGCCAGCCUCUCCAACCACAGGCUCUGCUGUGGAUAUCCGGGCAGGUGCCAUUUCUGCUUCAGGACCAGAGCUUGAAGGUGCUGGCCACUCAAAAUUCCAGGUCACUGUGCCUGGGGCAAAGGUGGGAAGCCUAGAUGUCAAUGUCAAAGCAAAAGGCUUGGACUUGGGUGGCAAAGGAGGGAUCCGAGUUCCAGGAGUAGACGUUUCGUCUUCUCUUGGGGCUGGCUCAGUAGAGGUACAGGCCCCAUCCCUCCAGAGUGGUGAUAUUGGGAAAAUUAAAAUUCCUACCAUGAAGGUGCCAAAAUUUGGUGUCUCCGCAGGUCUGGAUGGCCAGAUUCCAGAGGUAGGGCUGAGUGUUUCUGCACCUGAAUCCUCUGUGGGACACAAGGGUGACAAGCCAGGCUUGGCUAUUGGGGGAAACAUCCAGGCUCCUCACCUGGAAGUAAAUCCCUCCUCUGUCAAUAUUGAGGGGCUUGAGGGGAAACUGAAGGGUCCCCAGAUCACUGGGCCAUCACUUGAAGGUGACUUAGGCCUGAAAGGUACCAAGCUGCAAGGGAACAUAGGAAUGGAUGCCUGUGCUUCCAAAAUCGAGGGCAGCAUCACUGGUCCUAGUGUGGAAAUCGGAACCCCUGAUGUUGAUGUUCAUGGGCUAGGGGGCAAACUGAAUAUGCCCAAGAUGAAAGUCCCUAAGUUCUCUGCAUCAGGUUCAAAGGGAGAGGGGAUUGGCCUUGAUGUGGCACUGCCCACAGGUGAAGUGACCCUUCCUGGGGUCUCUGGGGAUGUAAGUCUGCCUGAGAUUGCUACUGGUGGGCUCGAAGGGAAGAUGAAGGGUGCUAAAGUCAAGACUCCUGAAAUGAUCAUCCAGAAACCUAAAAUCUCCAUGCAGGAUGUGGAUCUGAGCCUGGGGUCCUGUAAACUGAAAGGAAAUAUGAAGACAUCUGCUCCUGAGGUGAAAGGUGAUGUUAAAGGCCCUCAGAUGGCAGUUAAAGGCUCCAGAGUGGACAUAGAGACACCAAACUUAGAGGGGACCUUGACAGGUCCCAAGAUCAGCAGCCCUUCUGGAAAAAUAGGGGCCUGUAGGAUUUCUAUGGCAGAUGUAGACUUAAAUGUAGCUGCACCUAAAGGGAAAGGGGGUGUAGAUGUCAUUCUCCCCAAUGUAGAAGGAAAAGCCAAAGGUCUUGAAGUUGAUGUCAAAGGCCCCAAAAUGGACAUCAGUGCUCCAGAUGUAGAAGUCCAUGGUCCAGAAUGGAAUUUGAAGAUGCCCAAGUUCAGUGUCCCAGGAGUCAAAGGAGAAGGCCUAGAUGUAAAUGUUACUCUGCCCGAAGGAGAUAUUAGUAUUUCGGGGCCUAAGGUCAAUGUAGAAGCUCCAAACGUCAACAUGGAGGGUCUGGGUGGCAAACUUAAAGGCCCUGACAUUAAUCUUCCUGAAGUAAGUGUCAAGACUCCAAAGAUUUCUAUGCCUGAUGUGGAUCUGCAUAUCAAAGGGCCAAAGGUGAAGGGAGAGUAUGAAGUAACACCACCAAAGCUUGAGGGGGAACUGAAAGGCUCCAAAGUGGACAUUGACACCCCACAAGUGGAUGUUCAUGGCCCAGACCUGAAGAUUCCCAAGAUGAAAAUGCCCAAAUUCAGUGUGCCAGGGUUCAAAGCAGAGGGCCCAGAAGUGGAUGUGAACCUGCCCAAGGCUGACCUUGACAUUUCUGGGACUAAGGUGGAAGUCAGUGCUCCAGAUGUAAGCAUUGAAGGAUCAGAAGGGAAGUUGAAAGGGCAUAAGUUUAAAAUGCCUGAAAUGAAUAUCAGAGCUCCAAAGAUCUCCAUGCCAGAUGUGGACUUACACUUAAAAGGCCCCAAUGUAAAGGGAGAAUAUGAUGUCACAGUGCCAAGGGCAGAAGGUGAGAUUAAAGUUCCUGAUGUUGAACUUAAAAGUGCUAAACUGGACAUUGAUGUUCCAAAUGUGGAUGUUCAAGGUCCUGAAUUGCAUAUGAAGAUGCCCAAGAUAAAAAUGCCCAAGUUUGGCAUGCCAGGCUUCAAGGCAGAGAGCCCAGAAAUGGAGGUGAAUCUCCCAAAGUCUGACAUUGAUGUCUCAGGACCCAAUGUGGAUGUCAAAGUUCCAGAUGUGAACAUUGAAGGACCUGAAGGAAAGCUGAAGGGUCCUAAGCUGAAGAUGCCUGAGAUGAACAUCAAGGCCCCAAAGAUAUCCAUGCCUGAUGUGGAUUUGCAUAUGAAAGGCCCCAAAGUUAAAGGAGAAUAUGAUGUCACAAUGCCAAAGCUGGAAGGAGACUUGAAAGGCCCCAAAGUAGAUGUCAGUGUUCCAGAUGUUGAUGUUCAUGGUCCCGACUGGAACUUGAAAAUGCCAAAGAUUAAAAUGCCCAAAUUCAGCAUGCCUAGUCUCAAAGGUGAAGGCCCAGAGUUGGAUGUGAACAUGCCCAAGGCUGAUGUGGACAUUUCUGUACCAAAGCUAGAUAUUAGUGCUCCAGAUCUGAACCUUGAGGGACCAGAAGGGAAGUUGAAAGGCCCCAAAUUUAAGAUGCCUGAGAUGCACUUCAAGGCUCCAAAGGUGUCUCUACCAGAUGUGGAUCUGGAUCUCAAAGGACCCAAAAUGAAAGGAAAUCUAGACAUGUCUGCACCAAAAAUAGAGGGAGAGAUGAAAGCUCCAGAUGUGGACAUUAAAGGUCCAAAUGUAGAUAUUAAAGCACCAGAAGUGGAUGUGCAAGGCCCAGAAUGGAGCCUGAAGAUGCCAAAGAUGAAAAUGCCCAAGUUCAGUAUGCCUACUCUCAAAGGUGAGGGUCCAGAUGUGGAUGUGAGCUUGCCUAAGGCUACUAUUGAUGUCUCAGGACCUAAACUUGACAUUGAAACCUCAGAUGUGAGCCUUGAGGGACCAGAAGGAAAGCUGAAGGGCCCCAAGUUUAAGAUGCCUGACAUGCACUUCAAGGCACCCAAGAUCUCCAUGCCUGAUGUGGACUUAAACAUGAAGGGCCCCAAAGUCAAGGGGGACAUGGAUGUGACAGUGCCCAAGAUAGAAGGUGAAAUGAAAGUGCCAGAUGUGGAUAUCAAAGGCCCUAAAGUGGACAUCAGUGCCCCAGAUGUGGAUGUACAAGGCCCAGACUGGCACCUGAAGAUGCCCAAGAUGAAAAUGCCUAAGUUCAGCAUGCCUGGCUUCAAAGCAGAGGGCCCAGAAGUGAGCCUGCCCAAGGCUGACCUUGAUGUCUCAGGACCCAAGGUGGACAUUGAUGUUCCUGAUGUGAAUAUUGAAGGUCCAGAUGCAAAGCUGAAGGGCCCCAAGUUCAAGAUGCCUGAGAUGAACAUCAAGGCUCCAAAGAUCUCCAUGCCAGAUUUACAUCUUAAGGGUCCCAAAGUGAAGGGUGAUGUAGAUGUUUCCCUGCCCAAAGUGGAAGGUGACCUCAAAGGCCCAGACAUUGACAUCAAAGGUCCCAAAAUGGACAUCAAUGCUCCAGAUAUGGACGUGCAGGGCCCAGACUGGCACCUGAAGAUGCCCAAGAUGAAAAUGCCCAAGUUCAGCAUGCCUGGCUUCAAAGCAGAGGGCCCAGAAGUGGAUGUGAAUCUGCCCAAGGCUGACAUUGAUGUCUCAGGGCCCAAAGUUGAUAUUGAGGCCCCAGAUGUGAGCAUCGAGGGACCAGAAGGGAAGCUGAAGGGCCCCAAGUUUAAGAUGCCUGACAUGCACUUCAAGGCCCCCAAGAUCUCCAUGCCUGAUGUGGACUUGAAUAUUAAGGGGCCCAAAGGAAAAGCAGAUGUGGAUGCAUCAUUGCCUGAGGUAGAAGGUGGAGUAAAAGUGCCAGAUGUGGACAUUAAAGGACCCAAAGUUGGCAUUGAUGCUCCAGAUGUUGAGGUUCAUGGCCCAGACUGGCACCUUAAGAUGCCCAAGGUGAAAAUGCCCAAGUUCAGCAUGCCUGGCUUCAAAGGAGAAGGUCCAGAAGUAGACAUCCCCAAGGCCAACAUUGAUGUUUCAGGACCCAAGGUAGACAUCGAUGUUCCAGAUGUAAAUAUUGAAGGUCCAGAUACAAAACUAAAAGGUCCAAAAUUUAAGAUGCCAGAAAUGAACAUAAAGCCUCAGAAGAUAUCCAUGCCAGAUGUUAGCUUGAAUUUGAAAGGCCCUAAGGUAAAAGCAGAUUGUGAUGUCUCAGUUCCAAAAGUGGGAGGAGAAAUAAAAGCUCCUGCUGUUGACAUCAAAGGUCCUAAAGUAGAGGCACCAGAUGUGGAAGUUCAUGGCCCAGACUGGCACCUGAAGAUGCCCAAGGUCAAAAUGCCUAAGUUCAGCAUGCCUGGCUUCAAAGGAGAGGGUGCAGAAGUAGAUGUGAAUCUUCAAAAGGCCAAUAUUGAUGUCUCAGGACCCAAGGUGGACAUUGAUGUUCCAGAUGUGAAUAUUGAAGGGCCAGAAGGGAAACUAAAGGGUCCCAAGUUCAAGAUGCCAAGCAUGAAUAUACAGACACACAAAAUCUCUAUGCCUGAUGUUGGGCUUAAUUUGAAAGGACCUAAACUGAAAAGUGGUGUAGAUGUUUCUCUUCCAAAAGUAGAGGGAGAAUUGAAGGGUCCUGAAGUUGAUGUGGAUGUUGGUGAUAUUGAUAUUGAAUGUCCAGAAGGGAAGCUGAAGGGUCCCAAGUUUAAGAUGCCUGACAUGCACUUCAAGACUCCUAAGAUCUCCAUGCCUGAUGUAGAUUUACAUCUGAAAGGCCCCAAAGUCAAGGGGGAUAUGGAUGUGACAAUGCCCAAGAUAGAAGGUGAAAUGAAAGUUCCAGAUGUGGACAUCAAAGGCCCCAAAGUGGACAUCAAUGCCCCAGAUGUAGAUGUGCGUGGCCCAGACUGGCACCUGAAGAUGCCCAAGGUGAAAAUGCCUAAGUUCAGCAUGCCUGGUUUCAAAGCAGAGGGCCCUGAAGUGGAUGUGAACCUGCCCAAGGCUGACAUUGAUGUCUCAGGACCCAAAGUGGACAUUGAUGUUCCUGACUUAGAUAUUGAGGGUCCAGAAGGAAAACUGAAAGGCUCCAAAUUUAAGAUGCCUAAGUUGAAUAUCAAGGCCGCCAAGAUCUCUAUGCCCGAUGUGGACUUGAAUUUUAAGGGGCCCAAACUGAAAGGAGAGAUAGAUGCUUCUGUGCCAGAAAUGGAAGCUGAUCUCAGAGGCCCUCAAGUUGACAUCAAAGGGACCAAUGUGGAUGUGAAAGUACCUGAUGUUGAUCUGGAAUGUCCUGAUGCAAAGUUGAAAGGCCCCAAGUUCAAGAUGCCUGACAUGCACUUCAAGGCUCCUAAGAUCUCCAUGCCUGAUGUGGACUUGCAUCUGAAAGGCCCCAAAGUCAAGGGGGACAUGGAUGUGACAGUGCCAAAAUUAGAGGGAGAAUUAAAAGGCCCAAGUGUGGAUGUGGAAGUACCUGAUGUUGAUCUGGAAUGUCCUGAUGCAAAGUUGAAAGGCCCCAAGUUCAAGAUGCCUGACAUGCACUUCAAGGCUCCUAAGAUCUCCAUGCCUGAUGUGGACUUGCAUCUGAAAGGCCCCAAAGUCAAGGGGGACAUGGAUGUGACAGUGCCAAAAUUAGAGGGAGAAUUAAAAGGCCCAAGUGUGGAUGUGGAAGUACCUGAUGUUGAUCUGGAAUGUCCUGAUGCAAAGUUGAAAGGCCCCAAGUUCAAGAUGCCUGACAUGCACUUCAAGGCUCCUAAGAUCUCCAUGCCUGAUGUGGACUUGCAUCUGAAAGGCCCCAAAGUCAAGGGUGACGUGGAUGUGACAGUGCCAAAAUUAGAGGGAGAAUUAAAAGGCCCAAGUGUGGAUGUGGAAGUACCUGAUGUUGAUCUGGAAUGUCCUGAUGCAAAGUUGAAAGGCCCCAAGUUCAAGAUGCCUGACAUGCACUUCAAGGCUCCUAAGAUCUCCAUGCCUGAUGUGGACUUGCAUCUGAAAGGCCCCAAAGUCAAGGGGGACAUGGAUGUGACAGUGCCCAAGAUAGAAGGUGAGAUGAAAGUGCCAGAUGUGGAUAUCAAAGGCCCUAAAGUGGACAUCAAUGCCCCAGAUGUGGAUGUGCGUGGCCCAGACUGGCACCUGAAGAUGCCCAAGAUGAAAAUGCCCAAGUUCAGCAUGCCUGGCUUCAAAGCAGAGGGCCCAGAAGUGGAUGUGAACUUGCCCAAGGCUGACAUUGAUGUCUCAGGACCCAAGGUGGACAUUGAUGUUCCAGAUGUGAAUAUUGAAGGGCCAGAAGGGAAGCUGAAGGGCCCCAAAUUUAAGAUGCCUGACAUGCACUUCAAGGCCCCCAAGAUCUCCAUGCCUGAUGUUGAUUUCAACUUAAAGGGUCCUAAAAUCAAAGGAGAUAUUGACGUUUCAGUCCCUAAGAUUGAAGGAGAAUUAAAGGGUCCAGAACUGGAUCUCAAGGGCCCCAAAUUGGAUGCCAACAUACCAGAAGUUGCUGUUGAAGGCCCAGAAGGUAAAUGGAAAAGCCCCAAGUUCAAGAUGCCAGACAUGCACUUCAAAACUCCCAAAAUCUCCAUGCCAGACAUUGAUCUUCACUUAAAGAGUCCAAAGAUAAAGGGGGAGGUGGAUGUAGAUGUUCCCAAAUUGGAAGGAGACCUCAAAGGGCCAAAUGUGGACAUGAGCAGGCCAGACAUUGAGAUUGAAGGACCAGAGGGCAAAUUGAAAGGCCCGAAGUUCAAAAUGCCUGAGAUGAACAUCAAGGCUCCCAAGAUCUCCAUGCCUGACUUUGAUUUGCAUCUUAAGGGUCCUAAAGUGAAGGGUGAUGUAGAUAUUUCUCUGCCCAAAGUAGAAGGUGACAUCAAAGGCCCAGAGGUUGACAUCAAAGGUCCCAAAGUGGAUAUCAAUGCUCCAGAUGUGGACGUGCAGGGCCCAGACUGGCACCUGAAGAUGCCCAAAAUGAAAAUGCCCAAGUUCAGCAUGCCUGGCUUCAAAGCAGAGGGCCCAGAAGUGGAUGUGAACUUGCCCAAGGCUGACAUUGAUGUCUCAGGACCCAAGGUGGACAUUGAUGUUCCUGAUGUGAACAUUGAAGGGCCAGAUGCAAAACUGAAGGGCCCCAAGUUCAAGAUGCCUGAGAUGAACAUCAAGGCCCCCAAGAUCUCCAUGCCUGACAUUGACUUAAACCUGAAAGGCCCCAAAGUGAAGGGUGAUGUGGAUGUGUCUCUGCCCAAAGUGGAAGGUGAGAUUAAAGUUCCUGAAGUUGACAUCAAAGGCCCCAAAGUGGACAUUGAUGUUCCAGAUGUGGAUGUCCAUGGCCCAGACUGGCACCUGAAGAUGCCCAAAAUAAAAAUGCCCAAGUUCAGCAUGCCUGGCUUCAAGGGAGAAGGCCCUGAAGUAGAUGUGAGCCUGCCCAAUGCUGACCUUGAUGUCUCAGGACCCAAGGUGGACAUUGAUGUUCCAGAUGUGAAUAUUGAAGGUCCAGAUGCAAAGCUGAAGGGCCCCAAGUUCAAGAUGCCUGAGAUGAACAUCAAGGCUCCAAAGAUCUCCAUGCCAGAUUUACAUCUUAAGGGUCCCAAAGUGAAGGGUGAUGUAGAUGUUUCCCUGCCCAAAGUGGAAGGUGACCUCAAAGGCCCAGAUGUUGACAUCAAAGGUCCCAAAAUGGACAUCAAUGCUCCAGAUAUGGACGUGCAGGGCCCAGACUGGCACCUGAAGAUGCCCAAAAUGAAAAUGCCCAAGUUCAGCAUGCCUGGCUUCAAAGCAGAGGGUCCAGAAGUAGAUGUGAACCUGCCCAAGGCUGACCUUGAUGUCUCAGGACCCAAGGUGGACAUUGAUGUUCCAGAUGUGAACAUUGAAGGGCCAGAUGCAAAACUGAAAGGCCCCAAGUUCAAGAUGCCUGAGAUGAACAUCAAGGCCCCCAAGAUCUCCAUGCCUGACAUUGACUUAAACCUGAAAGGCCCCAAAGUGAAGGGUGAUGUGGAUAUGUCUCUGCCCAAAGUGGAAGGUGAGAUUAAAGUUCCUGAAGUUGACAUCAAAGGCCCCAAAGUGGACAUUGAUGUUCCAGAUGUGGAUGUUCAUGGCCCAGACUGGCACCUGAAGAUGCCCAAGGUGAAAAUGCCCAAGUUCAGCAUGCCUGGCUUCAAGGGAGAAGGCCCUGAAGUAGAUGUGAACCUGCCCAAGGCUGACCUUGAUGUCUCAGGACCCAAGGUGGACAUUGAUGUUCCUGAUGUGAAUAUUGAAGGGCCAGAUGCAAAACUGAAGGGUCCCAAGUUUAAGAUGCCAGAGGUGAACAUAAAGGCUCCUAAGAUCUCCAUGCCAGAUUUGAAUCUUAAUCUUAAAGGCCCCAAUGUGAAAGGAGAUGUGGAUGUUUCCAUUCCAAAUAUAGAGGGUGAUUUGAAAGGCCCUUCUCUUGACAUAAAGAGCCCAAAAUUAGAUGUAAAUGCUCCAGAUAUUGAUGUUCAUGGUCCUGAAGGAAAAUUAAAGGGUCCCAAACUGAAAAUGCCUGACAUGCAUGUAAGCAUGCCCAAGAUCUCUAUGCCAGAAAUUGACUUGAAUUUAAAGGGCUCAAAGGUCAAGGGAGAUGUUGAUAUCUCUGGACCCAAACUGGAGGGUGACAUUAAAGUUCCCAGGGUGGAUUUGAAGGGCCCAGAAGUGGACAUUUCUGCUCCCAAGGUCAAUAUUGAUGGGAAAGCAAAGAAAUCUCGUUUUAAGCUUCCUAAAUUUAAUUUUUCUGGGUCCAAAGUUCAAACACCUGAAGUGGAUGUCAAACUUAAAAAGCCAGAUGUUGAUAUAACAGCUCCAAAAGUUGAUAUUAAUGCUCCAGAAGUUGAAGUCCAAGGUAAAGUGAAAGGAUCCAAGUUUAAAAUGCCCUUUCUGAGCAUUUCAUCUCCCAAAGUCUCCAUGCCCGAUGUGGAGCUAAACUUGAAGGGUCCUAAAGUCAAAGGAGACCUAGAUGCAGCAGGCCCAAAUUUAGAAGGAGACUUCAAAGGACCCAAAGUGGACAUUAAAGCACCAGAUGUUCAACUUAAUGCACCAGAUGUGGAUGUUCAUGGACCAGAAUGGAAUCUAAAAAUGCCCAAAAUGAAAAUGCCCAAGUUUGGUGUGUCUGGCAUAAAAGCAGAAGGGCCUGAUGUGGCUGUGGAUUUACCAAAAGGAGACAUUAAUAUAGAAGGUCCCAGUAUGAAUAUUGAGGGCCCAGAACUCAAUGUAGAAUGUCCAGAGGGAAGCUUAAAAGGCCCCAAAUUUAAGAUGCCUGAGAUGAACAUCAAAGCCCCUAAGAUCUCCAUGCCUGAUAUUGACUUAAACCUGAAAGGUCCCAAAGUGAAGGGUGAUGUGGAUGUGUCUCUACCCAAAGUGGAAGGUGAGAUUAAAGUUCCUGAAGUUGACAUCAAAGGCCCCAAAGUGGACAUUGAUGUUCCAGAUGUGGAUGUUCAUGGCCCAGACUGGCACCUGAAGAUGCCCAAGGUGAAAAUGCCCAAGUUCAGCAUGCCUGGCUUCAAAGGAGAGGGCCCAGAAGUGGAUGUGAGCCUGCCUAAGGCUAACAUUGAUGUCUCAGGACCCAAGGUGGACAUUGAUGUUCCAGAUGUGAACAUUGAAGGGCCAGAUGCAAAACUGAAGGGCCCCAAGUUCAAGAUGCCUGAGAUGAACAUCAAGGCUCCAAAGAUCUCCAUGCCUGAUAUUGACUUAAACCUGAAAGGCCCCAAAGUGAAGGGUGAUGUGGAUGUGUCUCUGCCCAAAGUGGAAGGUGAGAUUAAAGUUCCUGAAGUUGACAUCAAAGGCCCCAAAGUGGACAUUGAUGUUCCAGAUGUGGAUGUUCAUGGCCCAGACUGGCACCUGAAGAUGCCCAAAAUAAAAAUGCCCAAGUUCAGCAUGCCUGGCUUCAAGGGAGAAGGCCCUGAAGUAGAUGUGAGCCUGCCUAAGGCUGACCUUGAUGUCUCAGGACCCAAGGUGGACAUUGAUGUUCCAGAUGUGAAUAUUGAAGGGCCAGAUGCAAAACUGAAAGGCCCCAAGUUCAAGAUGCCUGAGAUGAACAUCAAGGCCCCCAAGAUCUCCAUGCCUGACAUUGACUUAAACCUGAAAGGCCCCAAAGUGAAGGGUGAUGUGGAUGUGUCUCUGCCCAAAGUGGAAGGUGAGAUUAAAGUUCCUGAAGUUGACAUCAAAGACCCCAAAGUGGACAUUGAUGUUCCAGAUGUGGAUGUCCAUGGCCCAGACUGGCACCUGAAGAUGCCCAAAAUAAAAAUGCCCAAGUUCAGCAUGCCUGGCUUCAAAGGAGAAGGCCCAGAAGUGGAUGUAAAUCUGCCCAAGGCUGACCUUGAUGUCUCAGGACCCAAGGUGGACAUUGAUGUUCCUGAUGUGAAUAUUGAAGGUCCAGAUGCAAAGCUGAAGGGCCCCAAGUUCAAGAUGCCUGAGAUGAACAUCAAGGCUCCAAAGAUCUCCAUGCCAGAUUUACAUCUUAAGGGUCCCAAAGUGAAGGGUGAUGUAGAUGUUUCCCUGCCCAAAGUGGAAGGUGACCUCAAAGGCCCAGAUGUUGACAUCAAAGGUCCCAAAAUGGACAUCAAUGCUCCAGAUAUGGACGUGCAGGGCCCAGACUGGCACCUGAAGAUGCCCAAAAUGAAAAUGCCCAAGUUCAGCAUGCCUGGCUUCAAAGCAGAGGGCCCAGAAGUGGAUGUGAACCUGCCCAAGGUUGACCUUGAUGUCUCAGGACCCAAGGUGGACAUUGAUGUUCCUGAUGUGAAUAUUGAAGGACCAGAUGCAAAACUGAAGGGUCCCAAGUUCAAGAUGCCUGAGAUGAACAUCAAGGCCCCCAAGAUCUCCAUGCCUGACAUUGACUUAAACCUGAAAGGCCCCAAAGUGAAGGGUGAUGUGGAUAUGUCUCUGCCCAAAGUGGAAGGUGAGAUUAAAGUCCCUGAAGUUGACAUCAAAGGCCCCAAAGUGGACAUUGAUGUUCCAGAUGUGGAUGUUCAUGGCCCAGACUGGCACUUGAAGAUGCCCAAGGUGAAAAUGCCCAAGUUCAGCAUGCCUGGCUUCAAGGGAGAAGGCCCUGAAGUAGAUGUGAACCUGCCCAAGGCUGACCUUGAUGUCUCAGGACCCAAGGUGGACAUUGAUGUUCCUGAUGUGAAUAUUGAAGGUCCAGAUGCAAAGCUGAAGGGUCCUAAGUUCAAGAUGCCUGAGAUGAACAUCAAGGCUCCAAAGAUCUCCAUGCCAGAUUUACAUCUUAAGGGUCCCAAAGUGAAGGGUGAUGUAGAUGUUUCCCUGCCCAAAGUGGAAGGUGAUCUCAAAGGCCCAGAGGUUGACAUCAAAGGUCCCAAAAUGGACAUCAGUGCCCCCGAUGUUGAUGUACAUGGUCCUGACUGGCACUUGAAGAUGCCUAAGGUGAAAAUGCCUAAGUUCAGCAUGCCUGGCUUCAAAGGAGAAGGUCCAGAAGUGGAUGUAAAUCUGCCCAAGGCUGACCUUGAUGUCUCAGGACCCAAGGUGGACAUUGAAGGCCCUAAUGUUAAUAUUGAAGGACCAGAAGGGAAACUGAAGGGCCCUAAGUUUAAAAUGCCUGAUCUCCACCUUAAGGCACCCAAGAUUUCAAUGCCAGAAAUUGACCUGAACCUGAAAGGACCAAAGUUGAAGGGUGAUGUAGAUGUUUCUUUACCUAAAGUGGAAGGAGACCUCAAAGGCCCUGAAGUUGAUAUCAAAGGUCCCAAAGUGGACAUCAGUGCCCCAGAUAUGGAUGUUCAUGGCCCAGAUUGGCACCUGAAGAUGCCCAAGAUGAAAAUGCCUAAGUUCAGCAUGCCUGGCUUCAAAGCAGAGGGCCCAGAAGUGGAUGUAAAUCUGCCCAAGGCUGACAUUGAUGUCUCAGGGCCUAAAGUGGACAUUGAUGUUCCUGAUGUGAACAUUGAAGGACCAGAUGCAAAGCUGAAGGGUCCCAAGUUCAAGAUGCCUGAGAUGAACAUAAAAGCUCCCAAGAUCUCUAUGCCUGACUUUGAUUUGCAUCUGAAAGGUCCCAAAGUGAAGGGUGAUGUGGAUGCUUCCUUGCCUAAAAUGGAAGGUGAAUUAAAGGGUCCUGGUAUUGAUAUAAAGUGCCCCACUGUGGAUAUUGACACUCCUGAUGUCAAUAUUGAAGUUCCAGAAGGAAAAUUAAAAGGACCCAAAUUUAAAAUGCCAGACAUGCAUAUCAAAGCUCCCAAGAUCUCCAUGCCUGACUUUGAUUUAAAUCUAAAAGGACCUAAAGUUAAGGGAGAUGUGGACCUUGCACUCCCUAAUGUUGAAGGUGAUCUUAAAGGGCCAGAAAUAGACAUUGAGGGUCCUGAAGGAAAACUCAAAGGCCCCAAAUUUAAGGUGCCAGAUGUCCAAUUCAAAACUCCACAAAUCUCAAUGAGUGACAUUGAUUUGAAUGUGAAAGGGCCUAAGAUAAAAGGAGAUUUGGACAUUUCUAUUCCUAAACCAGAAGGGGACUUGAAAGGUCCCAAAGUGGAUAUCAAAGGCCCUAAACUGGACAUUGACACUCCUGAUAUUGACAUUCAUGGUCCAGAAGGGAAACUGAAGGGCCCUAAAUUUAAAAUGCCUGAUCUACACCUCAAGGCACCCAAGAUUUCAAUGCCAGAAGUUGACCUGAACCUGAAAGGGCCAAAGGUGAAGGGUGAUGUAGAUGUUUCUCUACCAAAAGUGGAAGGAGACCUCAAAGGUCCUGAAGUUGAUAUCAAAGGUCCCAAAGUGGACAUCAGUGCCCCAGAUGUGGAUGUUCAUGGCCCAGACUGGCACCUGAAGAUGCCCAAGGUGAAAAUGCCCAAGUUCAGCAUGCCUGGCUUCAAAGGAGAGGGCCCAGAAGUGGAUGUGAGCCUGCCUAAGGCUAACAUUGAUGUCUCAGGACCCAAGGUGGACAUUGAUGUUCCUGAUGUGAACAUUGAAGGGCCAGAUGCAAAACUGAAGGGCCCCAAGUUCAAGAUGCCUGAGAUGAACAUCAAGGCUCCCAAGAUCUCCAUGCCUGAUAUUGACUUAAACCUGAAAGGCCCCAAAGUGAAGGGUGAUGUGGAUGUGUCUCUGCCUAAAGUGGAAGGUGAGAUUAAAGUUCCUGAAGUUGACAUCAAAGGCCCCAAAGUGGACAUUGAUGUUCCAGAUGUGGAUGUUCAUGGCCCAGACUGGCACCUGAAGAUGCCCAAGGUGAAAAUGCCCAAGUUCAGCAUGCCUGGCUUCAAAGGAGAGGGCCCAGAAGUGGAUGUAAAUCUGCCCAAGGCUGACCUUGAUGUUUCAGGACCCAAGGUGGACAUUGAUGUUCCAGAUGUUAAUGUUGAGGGUCCAGAUAUGAAAGUAAAAGGUCCCAAAUUCAGGAUGCCUGAGAUUAACAUCAAGGCUCCCAAGAUCUCUAUGCCUGAUGUUGAUCUGGAGUUAAAAGGACCCAAAGUAAAAGGAGCCUUUGAUGGGUCUGUCCCUAAGAUUGAAGGUACUCUCAAAGGACCUGAAAUAGAUAUGAAAGGUCCAGGUCUGGAUUUUGAAGGCCCUGAUGCUAAACUUAGUGGGCCUAACUUGAAGAUGCCAUCGCUGGAGGUAUCUGUUCCUAAAAUAACUGGGCCUGAUGCUAAUGUGCACCUUAAGACACCGAAAGUUGGAAUUUCUGCGCCUAAGUUAGGAGGUGGUGAGGUAGACCUCAAGGGGCCUAAAGUUGAUUUAGAAACUCCAAGCUUAGAUGUCCACAUGGAAAGCCCUGAUAUUAAUAUUGAGGGGCCGGAUGUUAAAGUUCCGAAAUUUAAGAAACCCAAGUUUGGAUUUGGUGCAAAAAGCCCCAAAGCUGACAUCAAGACACCCACAGUUGAUGUGACUGUCCCUGAAGCAGAGCUGAAUGUUGAUUCUCCUGAAAUAAACAUUGGUGGCAAGAGCAAGAAAAGCAAGUUUAAAAUGCCUAAAAUUCACAUGAGUGGUCCUAAAGUUAAAGCCAAAAAACAGGGAUUUGAUUUGAAUAUUCCUGGAGGUGAGAUUGAUACCAGUCUCAAAGCUCCUGAUGUAGAUGUUAGUGUUGCAGGGCCUGAUGCUGCACUCAAAGCUGAAGUAAAAUCUCCCAAAGUCAAGAAAACUAUGUUUGGAAAAAUGUACUUUCCAGAUGUAGAAUUUGACAUUAAGUCACCUAAAUUUAAAGCAGAGGCUCCCCUACCUAGCCCCAAGCUGGAGGGUGAAAUCAAGGUACCAGAUGUGGAUAUUUCUUCACCAGGGAUUAAUGUGGAAGCUCCUGAUAUUCAUAUGAAGGCUCCCAAGUUCAAGGUGCCAGGCGUGGAAGCCUCAGGGCCAAAGAUAGAGGGCAACUUGAAAGGUCCCAAGGUGCAGGCAAACUUGGACACACCUGACAUCAACAUCGAAGGCCCUGAAGCUAAAAUCAAAGCACCCUCUUUUAGUGUUUCUGCUCCUCAAGUCUCCAUACCCGAUGUGAAUGUUAAUUUGAAAGGACCAAAGAUAAAAGGUGAUGUUCCCAGUGUGGGACUGGAAGGACCUAACAUAGAUCUACAAGGUCCAGAAGGGAAAAUCAAGUUCCCUAAGUUUUCCUUGCCCAAGAUCAGUGCCCCAGGUGUGAAAAUGGAAGGUGGGAGCACUGAGAUCGGCGCUCAGAUGCCCUCUCUUGAAGGAGGGUUGAGCACAUCAGAUAUGAAGCUUGAAGGGCCUCAUCUGUCUCUAAAAGGCCCAGGAGUAGACUUGCCUUCGGUGGACCUCUCUAUGCCAAAAGUGUCUGGGCCUGAUCUUGACAUGAACUUGAAAGGACCAAGUUUGAAGGGAGACCUGGGUGCCUCCAGUCCCAGCAUGAAGCUGCACGCCCCAGGUCUUGACCUCAAAGGUGUUGGUGGAAAAGUACAUAUAGGAGCAGAUGGUGUGAAAAUGUCAGGGAUUGAUGCCACAACAGCACUCAGUGUUGGGGCACCAGAUGUAACACUGAAGGGACCAAGUCUACAGGGAGAUCUGGCUGUGUCUGGAGACAUCAAAUGUCCUAAAGUGUCUGUGGCUACUCCUGAUGUUAGCUUGGAGGCUUCAGAAGGUGCUGUCAAACUUCCCCACAUGAAACUGCCUCAGUUUGGCAUCUCCACUCCGGGAUCCGACUUGGACAUUAACAUCAAGGGGCCACAAGUUUGUGGAGAACUAAAGGGAUCAGGGAUGGAUGUGAAUCUGAAAGGGCCUCAGAUCUCAGCACCAAGCAUGGACUUUAACUUGGAAGGACCAAAAGUGAAGGGGAGCCUCGGGGCUGCGGGUGAAUUGAAAGGCCCAGCGAUUGGGGGAGCUCUUCCAGGCAUCAGCAUUCAAGGCCCAGAAGGAAACCUCCAAAUGCCUGGAAUUAAGGCUUCUGGGUGUGAUGUGAAACUCUCAUCAGGGCAGAUUUCUGGUCCCGAAAUUAAAGGAGAUCUGAAAGGUUCAGGACUAGGUCUCCAUGGAGCUGUUCCUGAUAUCGGUGUCAAGGGGCCUUCCUUUAAUGUGGCAUCUCCUGAGUCAGAUUUUGGUGUCAGCUUGAAGGGCCCCAAAGUCAAAGGAGGUGUAGAUGUUUCAGGGGGUGUCAGUGUCCCAGAUAUCAACCUGGGUGAAGGGCAUAUGAGUGUCAAAGGCUCUGGAGUUGAGUGGAAGGGACCCCAAGUCUCCUCUUCUCUAAACUUGGAUACAUCUAAACUUGCUGGGAACCUUCAUUUCUCAGGACCAAAGAUAGAAGGAGACGUGAAAGGGGGCCAGACCGGACUCCAGGGUCCCGGGCUGAGUGUGUCUGGGCCUCAAGGUCACUUGGAAAGUGAAUCUGGAAAAGUAACAUUCCCCAAGAUGAAGAUCCCUAAGUUUACCUUCUCUGGCCGCGAGCUCAUCGGUAGAGAAGUAGGAGUGGAUGUCAACUUCCCUAAAGUGGAGGCCAAUGUGCAGGCUGGUGCUGGAGAAGGCAAGUGGGAAGAGUCUGAAGUAAAACUGAAAAAAUCCAAAAUCAAAAUGCCCAAGCAUAUCUUUUCUAAAUCUAAAGGAAAAGGUGGUGUCACUGGCUCACCUGAAGCAUCCAUUUCUGGGUCCAAAGGGGACCUGAAGAGCUCAAAGGCCAGCUUGGGCUCCCUGGAAGGAGAAGUGGAAGCGGAAGCAUCUUCACCCAAAGGCAAAUUCUCCCUAUUUAAAAGUAAGAAGCCACGACACCGCUCCAACUCCUUCAGUGAUGAGAGGGAGUUCUCAGCGCCUUCCACCCCAACUGGGACUUUGGAGUUUGCAGGUGGAGACGCUAAAGGCAAGCAUGGAAAGCUGAAGUUUGGUACCUUUGGUGGCUUGGGAUCAAAGAGCAAAGGUCAUUAUGAGGUUACUGGGAGUGAUGAUGAGGCAGGCAAGUUACAGGGGAGUGGCGUGUCCUUGGCCUCGAAGAAGUCCCGACUGUCUUCCUCCUCUAGCAACGACAGUGGGACCAAGGUUGGUAUCCAGCUUCCUGAGGUAGAACUGUCAGUUUCCACAAAGAAAGAGUAGUGGGCCUUCAUGCAUGUACAUAUAUAUAUAUAUAAAACAUCAGCCUUGGGUGUGUUUGUAUAUAAACUCCAAAGAGAAACACCCCAAUAGCCUAAGCAAUAAUGCAAAGAUCUUGCCCCUGCCAGUGGCAAGUGCCGACAAACCAAGUGCCUGUAGGCUCCUGGGACUCUGCAGCUAGGUAAAGAGUUCUAAGUUCAUCUGGCCCACGUGCAAAGUCAACAGUAUUGCCUUAAGAUUUCAGUUUUUUUUUUUUUUUUUGGUUUCUGUUUUCUUUUCUUUUUCCUUUUUCUUUCUUUCUUUUUUUUUUUGCAUUGAACGCUGAGAGCUCGUGUUUACUAAGCAAGCUUUUGUGUUUAUCUUCCUUAUUUUUACUGAACAUCUUCAGUACCUGGGUAAUGGAAACCCACUCUUUUUUCAUUGUAAUGACUUUGGGGGCUUUUGUGAGUAAGGGAGGGUGGGAUAAAAGGUGGCAGAGGGAGCAAGGUCUUAAUUGCUCUGAAGGUUGGACCCGUGAAGCCCUGGCAUAGACCUGAAGAGGUGGCAGCCAGUGGGUGGUUGUUUCUCAAUCUCUGUAGCAUGACUUUUUAAUCCCCAGGUGUGUUAGUCCCAGCCUAGUUUGGUGCUCGAGGUGAGAGGGGAUUUGAAUCUGUUUGCAAAUUGUCCAACCCACCAGGUCAACGUGAGGGGCUUACAUUCUGGGUUUGAUAAGAAAAGUGUUCAUUCAUGACUGCUAUGUCCUGAGAAAAGUUCCGAUUUCUUUUAACAAAUGUCAUCAUGAUUAAGGAAAUGUCUGGCACUUUAAUGGCAAAUUAAUUGAGAAUGUAUGAAAGUCAUGAAUGUACAAGCCAAAUAAAGCUCUUUAUUAACCCUGA